CUGAGGCUACUGAUAGGACGUAGUCGAGGCAGUUCCCUGUUAUAAAAGAAAGGAACGCUUAGUUAGUAACAUUUGUAUCGCACAACUGGAGUAAGUGAAUAGCAGAGAUUGAACAUUACAGACACAGCAUACACAGCAUGCAGUUCUUUCGUAAAGGAAGUAUGUCGAGAGUAAACAUUUUUGCGAUAUUAGUUACACUUUUUUGUUUGACAAACGAGUUAGUUUUAAGUGAUAGUAAUUAUUGUUAUUCCGACGAUGAACAUCCCUAUCUAUGCGCUGGUACGAAGACGGCUUAUGAAGUCGAACAUGGCUUAAUUAAAAAUACUACUCUUCCAAAUUGCAAGCCAGUCCAAAUUUGGAUGUUAAUUAGGCACGGAACUCGCAAUCCUGGAAAGAAUCAGAUCAAAAGCAUGAAACAUAAUUUGCCAAAACUUCAAAGUAGCAUCAUCGAGAAUCAUGAAAAAUAUGGAAAUGGUAGUUUAUGCCAGAAGGACUUAGAGAAACUAAAAACGUGGAAGUUAGAUCCAAAUCUUAAAAAACACCGAUCCAAGUAUUUGACAACUCAAGGUGAAAAAGAUUUAUCAUCGCUUGGUGCACGGUUUAAAGAUUAUUUCCCGGAACUUUUGCAAUCCUAUCCGGUUGAUACUUUAAAGAAAAUAUACAAAUUUAGGUCAACAGAUCUGCAACGAACUAUAGCUAGUAUGGAAAAUUUUAUUAAUGGGCUCUUCGGUAAUGUAACCAUCGACAACACGGUGGUAGUACCAACUUCUGAGGAUACUCUGUUACAGUAUUAUAAAAUUUGCAAGGCAUGGUUGGAACAAGUGCAUAAUUCGACGGGCAAAUCUGAAGUUGAUAAAUUUUUAGAUAGUCCAUCAUUCAGAGAAAUAAUCGGCAAUGUUAGUCAGCGACUUGGUUUUUCGAACAGCCUCUCUUUCGAUGAUGUUUUAAUUAUGUACACCGCAUGCACUUUUGAAAAUGCUUGGUACGUAAAUGAAAGAUCGCCCUGGUGUGCCGCUUUUACAAAGCACGAAGAUGAACUAUUCGAGUACGAAGAGGAUCUGUAUUAUUAUUACCACGCCGGUUACGGCGAAGAAAUGAGCAGUGUCAUUGGAUGUCCACCGUUACAGGACAUGUUUAAUCGUUUUAGAAAAUUGGAGAACGAAGACUCAAGCGAAGAACCACAAGGCAUUUUCUAUUUCACUCAUAGUACGGCGCUUCAAUUGCUUUUAACAACGAUGGGGGUUGCAAAAGACUCGAUACCUUUGAAAGCUUCGAAUUUUGAAAGUAUGAGAAACAGAAAGUGGAAUAGUUCCCGCCUGGCGCCGUUCGCUGCGAAUCUUGCAGCCAUUUUCUAUAAGUGCGAUUCGUCGAAUAAAGUUAGGUUUUACUUAAACGAGAAACCUUUAGACUACGAAGGUUGUGAAUUGGGCGUGUGCGACUGGGAAUAUUUGAAGGAGAAAAUGGGACCCAACGCGUUCGACUGUAACACAGAUUUUUGUAAAGCUGAUACAACAAAAUAAUUAUAUAUUACAUGUAACGUAGAAUCUUAUUAAUUAUUUUAUUUUUAAUGGUAAGCGUUACGCAAAAGAUAACAAUGAAGUAAUUUAAUAGUAGGAGUGAUUCCGUAGUGAUUACGUAGAUUAUCGUAUGUGCUUUUGUCAGGAAUUGUGUUGAAGAAAUUACAGUCUAACAACCUGUACGUAUAUGUUCGAAGCAACGAAGCUAGACGACCUUAUAUUACUGUCAUAUAAGCUGGUGUGAUGAACGAUAUGCUCAUAUAUGACACCUUCAAAUUUAAUCACGUUUACUUGAUAUCAUCAGAAAAAUCUUUAUACAUAUUUGUUUAACUUCGAAAGAGAUAGCGGAGUAAUAAUAUUUAUUAUCAUUUGUUAUUAUAUUUUAUUUGCUAUCUAUAAUGACUACUGUAUUACUACGUAAUUACUGUACUGUAUUUAAAUACAUAAAUAUAAUCUA